AGAGAUGUCAGCCUCCUCUCUCCUCUCCCUACUCCUGCUGGCGCUCGUCCUCCGGGGCGUCAGGAGCAUGUCCGUGGCUGACUUCGGUGGAAAUGGCGGUGAACUUGAGAAGAAAAGCAAGUUUAUCUUCACUCUUGUGAAGUUUCCGAACGUGAUGUGUGGCUCUGGCCUCGACUCCGGCACCUGCGUCACGAACACCGAAUGCACAGCCAGGGAGGGGACCGUCGUCGGGUCCUGCGCCAAAGGAUACGGAGUCUGCUGUAAAGUGACCCUGACGGGCUGCGGCGGCACCGUCACCCGGAACAACACGCUGGUGCUCUCGACCGACUACCCGAGCUACUACAACGAGGCCAAGACGUGCGAGUACAAGGUACAGUUCGACGACGCCUCCGGCAACAUCUGCCAAAUCCGGUACCAGCAUAUCAGCAACGAGCUUGUUGGGCCCUCGAGUCUCGGAGUGUGCAAUAAUGAUAAGCUCGUUUUCAAAGAAGACCAGAAAUCCACGUAUUUCUGCGGAACCGCCCCGUCUGACUACCACUGGUUGGUAGAAACAAGCGGCACGGCCAGCCCCCACACCUUCACGAUUACAACUGACACCACGAGUUCGAAUCGCCGAUACGCCAUCUUGGUUUCGUGGAUCCCCUGCUCCGUCAGAAUUCCGGGCAUGUGUGGCAUGUACUUCACAGGCACCAGCGGCACCGUGAGUUCCUAUAACUUCGGCAACAACUAUUACUUGGCGGGACUGAAGUAUUCGGUUUGUUUUCGAAAGGACAGGGGUUACUGCACGUACUCACUCAUGAAAACGACGAACGAAAUGUUCAUCGGAGGCAACGUGGAUAACUUCCGUCUGCCGAUGGGGAAGGGAAUCACGCUCUCCGUGUACCCGCCACUCUCCGCCGCCUCCGCUUUCUGCACGUCGAACACAGUGCAGACGAUGUACGCAAUGUCCGAGAUCUGCGAAUUCCCGACCAUCAUGACAUCUGACCAAUCACAAGGCCCGUUUUACUUCUCCAUCGUAACGAAGAUCGACACCGUUCAGAACUACAACACAAUCAUCAACGCGCCGAGCAGAGCAGGCUACGGGUUCAACUGGCGCCAGAACGAAUGCUAAAUGGCGCCAAAGAGGAAUGUAGAAUCGGCCUCACAUCUGAGGCUUGAUUGGAUCGACUGUGAGAUUGUUAUUAAAAGACGAAACUUAUUGGCGCUAAUAUAUGCAUAAUUGGCACCAUGUUUUUGUUUUCUUUAUUUUUUUAAUUUGCGUCAAUGAAUGUUAAGAGUGAGCCCGUAGGAGUUUGAUUAAGGAAGAAGACUUCAAUUAGUAAAAAACAGUUGUUUAAUUAGCGCCCAUAAUUUUUAUUUGAUUUUAACUAUCCUGCAGAUUAGCAUCCGGAAUAACGAUUUGAUAUGAAAUAAGAAAUUUUGACAUAGCGCCAAGAUAUGUCUUAUUAGCGCCUUCAACAGAAGAAGUAAAUCGUGUUUCUUGCUUUUUGUUGCUCGUUUCUUGUUUUUUGGUUGCUUGUUUCUUGCAUUUUUGUUGCUUGUUUCUUGCUUUUUUGUUGCUUGUUUCUUUCUUUUAUAUUGUUAUCAUUAUUGUUAUCGUUG